AUGAACACCCUACUCUCAUCCGAGCCCCUCAACAGCAAUCCACGAAAUCCGGCCCUGCCCUUGCUGGAUGUUAUAUACACUCCGGACCAAUGCUUCAUGGUUUUUCCCUUUGUCCAGUAUCUCUAUUCAAUGGAACUUGAUACUAUUGGGGAGGGUCUCGAUCUUGUCGAGCAAGCACUCGAGGGUCUUGUGUUCCUGCAUGAGAACCAAAUCGCGCAUCGAGACUGCGCUAUGACCAACAUUGUUGGAGACUUCCCUCGCAUGUACCCUCGAGGUAUUCACUUCGACGACCCCGGAAUCGAUCUUCGGGGCAAACGGCUUCGCCACGUCCGAACGCGCACACAGGUUGGCGGAGUGAAGUACUACUUCAUCGAUUUUGGGGAGUCGAUUCAGUUUGGCCCAUCGGACAGUACUCGCAUAGUAGUACACUCAAAGGCUAGUAUUGCCGCACCCGAAACCCUGAACCUAUCUCUAUGGCCAUAUGACGCUUUCAAACCCGACAUCUACACUCUAGGAACCACGUACAAGCGAGAAUUAGUGGAGGUCUAUACCUCGUUCGAUAUACUCAAACCGCUCCUCGAUGCGAUGACCCAAGACGAUCCUCACGCUCGACCGUCUGCUGCAGAAGCGUUGGAAAUCUACCGAACCAUCAAGGGAUCGCUCUCGCGUACCGCACUACACGGCCGUCUCCACAAGCGUAAAGAUCCACUAGAAUCCUCAUCCAAGCGGGUCUUCUUCGAUUGUCUUCAUUACUGUGAACAAAUCGCCUGGGCCGCACAAAAUUGGAAGUGGUGA